UUUCCUCCCCCCCCCCAUCACCCUCUCCCCCUCACCGCCACCACCACAGAGGAUCGCGCCUUAGUCUGGCAACACUGGCUGAUGUAAACAAGAGAGAGAGAGAGAGAGAGAGAGAGCUGACUUACCUGUUCUGCCUUCAAUCACAGAAGUCACAAGAGUCACAUCAAGCACAGAUAAGAAGCAAGGCAGGAGUCUGGAGUCGGGUGGCAGUGUGCUGUGUGCUGUGCUGAGGAGCCAGGGGUGGUGGAGCUACCUGUCAUUCCCUUCGUGAACGUGGUGCAGGAGAGGAGUGGAGGGGGAGGAGGAGGAGGCUGGGUGAGGGGUGAGGGGUGUGGAAGUCUAGUGGGGGCUCCGGAAGUCACCCACUCACCAUGGCAGCCUUGGACCAGAUUAGGGAGAGGGUGGAGAGACUGUACCAGUUCCGGGAUGAGUACUUCAAGACGCACGACAUCUCUGAGGCGGCACAGAAGGCGCAGCGUGUCCAGCAGGAGAUUGACGACACUGUGAAGCUGGUGACGAGUCUAAGGGACCAGGUGCCACCCGAGGGCCGUGGGGAGCUGUACCUGCUGCAGGGGAGGGCGCUGAAUGCCGCGGCAGAGCACAGUGCUGCGGCGGAGGAGGCACUAGGGCGGGCCACGCGCUUCAACCUGCCAGACGCCUGGAAUGAGCUGGGGGAGUGUCAGUACAAGAAAGGUGACUUCAGCAGUGCCCUCACCUGCUUCCAGAAGGCACUCAAGCUGGUGGAAAAGAAAGUGUACCUGCGCAACAUGUCCAUGCUGAUGCGCAGUCUGCCGUGGAAGACACCCAAGGAGAGGGAGGAGAACGUCACCAAGGGCUUGGAGUAUGCACGGCAGGCACUCCAGCAGGACAUGGGUGAUGGACACUCUUGGCUGGUGCUGGGCAAUGCCUACCUAGCAGCCUUCUUCACAGUGGAGGCCAAGAUGGAGUCCCUGAAACACUGCAAAGCGGCAUACAGCAAGGCGGCCAAUGACCCUCUUGCUGUGGUGCUGCCAGAGCUUCACUUCAGCAAGUUCCACGUGCAGUGGUAUGAGGAGGACUACACGGGGGCACUGCGCAGCCUCCAGAGGGCGUAUGAGCUGGAGCCAACAUGGGAGGAGUGCAAGAGCAAGUUUGAUGAGUGCCACCGCUUCCUGCAAAAGUUAUCACUGAUGGUCCGCAGCAAAGGCCAGCUGAACCAACGGCGCCUCAACGCUCUCAUGGCGGACAUCCAGCCCAACCAGCUUGGUCCGUAUGAGAAGGGCGGCUCCAGUGUGACGGGGGGUGCCAAGCUUGAUCUGGUCCCCAUGGCAUUGCUGGCCGAGGGGAGCAACCAGGACAAGGUUGUGCUGGGCAAGGUGGUGUGCACAGUCAUCCCAGAGUCUGGCAUCCCAUUCUCCAUGUGCCUGGUGGACCGUGACGGCUCCUGCAUUGCCGUCACUGUCUACAACUGGGCCAGCGGAUGUGGUGUGAAGAUCGGCGACUCGGUUGCUGUGUUGGCACCGGUGCUGAAGAGCCAGAGCAUCAGUGUGCCAGGACAUGAGACACUCUCCUUCCGCUCCCUCCGCGUUGCCGUUCCGCUGAUGCUGGUGGUGAACAAGCGGCCUAUCAUGGCAUCGCAGAUCGCCACCUCCCAGAUCGUGUCGCAGCAGAAGCCGGAGUAGUUGCAGAAGCAGCGGACAGCCACGGUCAAUCACCCUCCUCUUGAUAGCUUUGGCAAGUCAGAGGUGGGCAUUGCCUCUCCCUCCACCAGACUGACCCUAGUGAGUACCAGAGAAGUAGUGGUGGUGGUAGAUACAGAGAUGGGAUGUAGCUUUUUUUUAAUCGUUGAAUCUGAAAAUCAUUGUUUCGUAUAUUUAUUUUAUGUUUUAUGCCCACUCAAGUGCAAUACUGGUGGCUAUGUUUGCUGGACACACCACAGUAUCUCUGAGGCACUUGGUGAAAGGUAACUGGAGACUGUUUACAUGUGUGGCUGAGUAGUGCAACAUUCAGCCAUGUGUGAGACUUGAGUUUCUGAGGUGAAAGGAGACAGGAGGCUGCUGGAAUUGCUGCACUGUGUUGUGUCAGUUACUGGUUGUGUUUAUCAUUAUGUACAGUGAAGGACAUAGAGGCUUAGUGAUUUGUUCCAGUGUAUAUCAUUGGCAUGUUCUUCUUAGUCUUGAUAUGGAGACCAGAUAUUUGACAGCUGUCCACAUAAUCUGGAGACACCCCACCAUUGAAACGUUUAAUUUCUGGGUUUGACUUCUGGCAGUUUUACCAGAAGUGUUGUGCUGUGAAGCUGAGUGACCUGGCAGUUCUGUCCAGUGUGAUGUGUAGUGUGUGUGCAUGUUUGUGUGUGUGUGUGUGUGUGUGUGUGUGUUAGGACGUCAAGGUGAAUGUGAGAAUAUAAUGUGAUAUUCUGUGCCCAUGAAUUAACCUGUAAGAAUGUGUUAAGAUGGUCAUUCACUCUUGUCAAAUACCCAGACACUGAGAACACAAGUGACUCUCCAGUAACCUGUGUCUGGUCUGUCCAGCAUUCCAUAACAUAGAAACCUUUUUGAAGCAUGCACUCAAAAAGAAAAUUCAAGAAAAAAAUAUAUAACUUACUCUCUUCACACCUGACCACAUUAAUUAUUAGGUCUUGGGAUUUUGUUAUGGAUUAAGUUUUUCUCAUUGUAGUAAUACUCAUGUUUUUUAUAUGAAGCUAAACUUAAGUAAACUAAUAUUGUGAUUUUAACUUAAGGUGAGGAGAAUUAAUCGCCAAAGCUUUGUGCUUGAUCUCAUAUCACAUUGGCUUGUGCCCGGCCUUGCAGCCACCGUGUUGAUGCCCAGCAAGGGAGUCCAGGCUUUAUCCUUUCUUUUAUCCUCAUGGGGGGGUGUGGGAUGAAGUUGCUCACCACAUCAAGUGCCAAGAUUGUGUUAGAUCCCAGGUUCUGUUUCCCAAGGGACCAAAACAUGCACAUCAAAACUUCACUCCUGUAGUUAGCAUCAGAGGGUCACCUUGUUUUGUGUAUUGUACUUCAGAAGCAUCAACACAGAGGAGUUAGGUAAUCUUCUGCAGAAAUACACGGUGUUGCAAAGAUCUGUGGGGAUUGUACUGCUAGCAUGAUAAGGUAUAAAUCUGUGUGUGUGUGUGUGUGUGUGUGUGUGUAACUGAAGGGAAAAAUACAUGACAAAUUUAGGAUAUAUAUAUAAAUUCACAGUAACCUUAAAUUUUGUGCAGUUUUAAUCAUCUUUAAACUAUUUGUGAUUGACUUUAUCCUCUAAGCUUUUUAAAAAAAACACUAAUAAGAUACAUUGGAAUUAAAGGAGUUUUCUUCCUUGGAAUCCCUUGCAGUGCAGAGGCAAGGAUACAAAGCAUCCUCUUGGGUCCUCUCAUUCUUACUGUUUCUACUUGAAGUACUCAUUAUAAUUUUUUUUUAAAACUAUAGGGUGAAAUGUAAUAGAUGAUUGAGGAAAGUAACUAUGAACCAGUACUGAUUAGAGGUUGUGCAAAGUUUUGGUGUGCCUGUGCUGGGCAAGAAAUGGCAGGAUUGAUGGAAACACAGCAUGGUUACCAGGUGGGCAGGAACUAUCUUGAAGGGCCCACCAUCUACACUGUAUACAGGGAGGCAUAAAUUUCAUUGCCAAUCUUAUUUAUCUAUCUGUAUACCAGGCUGGAAAUUCCAAUCACAGAAUGACCCAGGCAAAGCACCACAUACAUAUUGCUCA